AUGUCAGCCACGUCUGUGGCCCGACCUCACCUUCCGCUGCGGCGCCAAUUGCGUCCAGCGCCGACCCCCCGCCGCGACGGGAACAAGACGAUGUCGGCGGCCACGGUGGUUCCUGUUGUCAUCUCCAUUGAGUUGGCCCCCAAGUCGGUGGCUGGCUCGUCGUGCCACGCGGCAGAGGCCCAGUGGUGGUCACUUGGUGCGUCGUUGGGCCAGUUCCUGACCACGUGCGUGACCAAGGCGUGGUGUGCGCUGCGGUCAGCGGCUACGAGCGUGACCAAGGCGGUGGUCGUGGCCAAGACGAUGCUCUGGUCGGUCUAUGGACUGGUGCAGCGGAUUUACACUUGGGCGAUGUCGGCCAACGUCGACACCCCCAGUCAAGGGAUUGAAACUGCCUAG